AUUAACCGUCAGUUGCCCGAGACUGUGCAGACGCGCAGAGAGAGAGACGCGCAGAGACCCGCUUGGUGCCGGAACUACGACCCGGAGCACCGAGGUUCACCUCCACCUGUCCACCUGUCCAGCUGUCCAGCUGUCCAGCACCUGUCCACCUGUCCGCUGCAGGAGACAGGCAGCUGUCUUCUCCCACCUUUGUGCUGGAGAUGCUCCGCAGCGCCGUCGACCAGAGAGAUGUUGACAAGCGUCUAAUUAAGAAAUAAUUACGCAGCUCGUGUUGGAGCGGCGCGUGAGGUCUGCGUGUCUGCUCGCGCUCUAAAAUUAGAAUAAGACCGAGCCACCGGAGGCAGUUUCCAUUCACUAGUUUUUUUUUUUUUGUGGGGGGUUGUUUUUUUCUGCAUUUUUUCCCUCCACGCACCUUGGACUUCAGCCGUCUCCACAGAGCCAGCGUGGAUCCGAGGACGAGGUCCGGACCGCUCCAGUCAGACCUGAACCAGAGAGAGAGAUGACCCUUGUUUUGUCCAUGAAUCCUUUCCUGGACCCAGAGGGAGACCCUCCACCCUCCGUAUUCCCACCCAUAUGGGAUUCGGAGCGCUGCACUAAGACCUGCCUGCCAAACCCUGCCACGCCCUGCAGCUCUGAAGAGCGCUUCACAGAAGAACCGCCUUGCAGACGAGUCCCUGAUCACGUUUCCGUGUCAAGGAUUGCUUACUUCAAGAGAAAGUUUGUUGAUGAGGAUGAUGAGGCUCCCUUCAGCUUCAGGACAUACUGUCAAACGGUCGCACCAGUUCUGGAGGAGCGUGCUCAUGUGCUGCGCCUCUCACUGGAGAAGAUGCGAUUCAUCGACGACCCUGAAGCGUUUCUCCGGCGCUCUGUCCUCGUAAACAACCUCCUCCGCCGUCUGCGAGCUGAGAUCCUGCUGCAGAGCAGCGACUGGUGCUUCCCGCCCAACCCAGCGUUCUCCACCGGGCCCUGCAUCCUCCCCAGCAGCUCUGGCCCCGCCCACCAGGUCCUCCAGAGAGCCCUUCCCACCCGAAUCUGCUUAGCCCCCCAAGCCGGCCCACCGCUCCGCAAGCGCUUCCGCAUGGUGCGUGGAGGCCCGGGGGAUCUACGCCCCGACUGUCCCCAGACGUGCUGCUGCAUCUACGCCGCCGCCGCGGCCGCAGGACACUACCUCCACCUCCCCUUCUCCGUGUACGACACGGCGCUCGCAGGCUGCCCCGCCGCGCCACAGGCCUCCUCCUUCUUCCAGCUAACCGGCCACAGCAAGUUAGGUCUCACGGUGGCCGUCGAGGAUCACGACGAUGAUGAUGAAGAUGUCGAGGACGAGGAGGAAAACGAGGAGGGAGACGAGAGGGAGGAGGAGGAGGAAGAGGAGGAGGAGGAAGAAGAUGAGGAACAAAGACAAGCAGGGCCUUCUGCUGAUGACGUUUCGGACAAAUUAGCGCAGAAAAGUAGAACUACCUUGCUGGGUCAUAAACACGGGAGGACAGCGAACAGCUGCGUGGCCGGUAGUGCAGAAGAGGAAGGAGGAGAGCCGGAGGAAGAGGAGGACGAAGAAGAGGAAAAGCCUGUGAGACCUUGUCCGUGGGACUCUGAAAGGGAUCUCCACAGAUUCAACUUCUGGCACCGCCGGGCUCAUAGACAGUAACUAAGAAGUGAUGAACAUAAUAAAAUGUAAUGAUGACGACAGCUGUCAUCAGUUGAAGAUGUAUUUCUGCUUAUAGCAAAUUAAGGUGUAUCUACUAACUAUAAUAAUGCCAAGUCAUCUUUAUGUUAACGAUCUAUAUAUGGCUUCUGCUGACAGCGGACACAUUUUUCAGACAAUUAUAACAAACAACGUCACAUGUUGUGGGAUCUUAAAUCCCAAAUGUGAAGUGAAGCUUACUAUUGCACUGUCUCCAAGACCUUGUUCAAGCCCCGCAGCACAAAACGGAAGGUCUCAAAAACGGGGCUUUGUAUUGGUGCGACGGUCUCGUUUCAGGACCCUAAACAAACCCACGCAUUAGGGGGUUGUGUGUUUAGAAUUGCGUGCUUCUGUGUGUGUGUAUUUGCAAGAUAUGAUGUAGCAUUUUAAAACUUGAUUUUAAGCAGUUCUGUUUGUUAAUAAACAGGUUUCGACGCUGUCUCAGGCAAUGGCAUGCAACUGUGCUGCAGCGGCGCCAUGACGCGGAAGAGUCAGAUUACUUUACAACACAAUCAAAUUUUUAAAUCUCAAUUUUAAAGUGCCUUAGUGUUUUUAUGGUUACAUGUAUACUGUGUAUUUAUGUAAUUGUUAGGUUACUAAGUGGCUACUUUGCAUUACCGGUGACUGCUUACAACUACAGUAAAACAAGACACACGCAUCUUAUUUGAUGCAGAGUGUGUUAAAGAUUGUUUUUAAGGUUUAACAUUUUAAAUUCUAAAGCAAAGCAAAUUCCCUCACCUAAAAACUGUUUGUGUUUACUACCAAAUGCAUGUUUCUACAACAUUUUGUUCUGAAAAAAAAAACAAGUAUGCAUCCAACUUUGAAUGACAGAAGUUAACAAUUGUCGAUAUUUAAUGUCCUCCUACAGUCCUUCUGAAUUUAAAUUGAACAUUAAAAUGUUUCUAAAAUAAGUUGAAUUUAGCCAGAUAAAACAUGGUGUGGUUGAUGAUAAAAGUUCUACCAAAAUGAUCCAAGAAACUACACAAAAUACAAAUCUGAAAAUGUAGCUUCUGAUUGAAAAAAUAACAAAUAUGCAUUGAGUAUGUCAUGUGUUAGCAAUUAAUUGGCUUAUAUUAGUGGGUUAACUCACUAGUAGGAACGUCUGAAAAGGAUGUUCAGUUUUUUUAGGGAAUAUUUCGUCCACUACUCCCAAUAGCUGACUUUCAAGGAGGAAGGUUCCACUAAGAAGUCAAAAGAAGGCGUAAGAAUACAUAAAUGCGAUUGGGAGUCAGUUGGCAGUUCCAGUAACCCUGCAGUGGUGCUUUUGUUUCUUAAGAAGGGAACCAGAUGGUACAGUAUGUUCCAGUUACAGGGGAGUCACCCUCCUCGCCCUGCCUGGUUAUCUGUGCAGAGGUGCUGGAGACAGGAGCCUCGGAAUUGGAGGAACAAUACAAGUUCCAGCCUUGUCUUGGAACGCUUGACAGUCUCUUUAUCCUCACUAGAGUCCUGGAGCGGGCUUGAUCCGCAGGCUUGGUCCACAGGUACUUUUGGGGCUUGAGGAAGGCAAUUCACCAUGUCCCUUGAGGGAGGUUCCAAGAGUAUGGUAAUAGGUCCAUUGCUAUGCCAUUGGCCAUACGUGUGGUAUAUUAACACACCAUAUGUCCAUUGGCUAUUCAGUCACUGUACACACAAGAAAGAGUUUGGUCCACAUUCCCAGCAGGAGGUUAGAUUUAAUCUGGUUGGGUGUUGGACUCCAUCAGGACUCCUCUCAAUGAAUCCGUUCAUAACUUUUAUGGACAGUUUCUUGGCGGAGCAGAGUAGGUGUAGUUUGGUGGUCUCGGGAGUCCAGCUUUUUGCAGAUGAUGUGGACCUGUGGCAUCAAUGAGCUACAAUCUUCCUCGAUCACAGGGGCAGUUUCCAGCUGAGUGUGAAGCUGUGAAGAUGAUAAUCAGCAUCUCCAGUUGUGCAUCAACGCAGACUCUACAGGUCUGUCAUCGCUAAGAGAGCUGAGCCUAAAGACAAGACUCUCUGUUCCCCCAGCUAUGGUUACGAACUGUGGGUAGUGACCGAAAGGACAAGAUUGUAGGUGGAAGCCGUACAAGGCUGAGAAGUUUCCUCUGCAGGGUGGUGAUAGGGUGAGAGGGGGGUGGGCAUCUGGAGGGGAUUGAAGUCACUGCUCCUCCACACUGAGAGGAGCCAUCUCAGGUGGUUACAGUAUCUGUUGUUUCCUGUACACAGUUUCAGACAUGUCUAACCAGGAGGAAGCCCAGAGGCAGACUGAGGAUACACUGUGAGAAAUUAUACCUCUUAGUUAUCCAGGGACGGCCUUGGUGUCCUCCCUCAAUCAGUAUAAUUAUACCUGUGAUGUUUUCACACAUUUUAAUGAAAUAUCAUUGAUCGGGGAACAUUGGGUCUAAUCCUACUGAGGUAUCAAGUCCAUAAUAUACACAAUAUGUCAAGUUAAAAUACAAUAUCAAGGACAAACAUAGUGCCAAAUAAGCUUUUUUUUUUCUUCUUUUAAUAAGUUCUGGAUAGCAGGAUCAAUGCUUUCAUACUUCUUGUUGGUGCAUCUGAUGAUUUAAACGAAAAACUGAAAUCAAAGUUGUUCAAAAGAAAAUCUUCAGGUUACAUUUGUUUAAUAUGUUUGUGUGUGUUUUUUUUCUUGUGACAUAGCUUAAGACUAAAGUUAUUUGGCUUUUUUACAUCCCUCUCACUUUUCUCAUUCUGAAAAGUAAUACGAGUAGGUACUACAACCACACAAGUUUGAUCUGUUUCAUUUACUUCCUCUGAAGCCUGAACGAUUAAACACCGUUAUUAUUAGUGGUAAAAGAACGAAAGAAUAUGUCAAAGCAAUAUAUGUUUCUGAGACUAAAAGAACUGUAACUGUAUUUUCUGUUAUUGAAAAGAACAAAAAAGCAAAGUUGCUCCAAAAAUUUAGUGUGAUGUUCUUGUGACAAGUGUAUCAGU